AGUGCGGCCGCCGCGCCGCCGUCCGCCAACUCGGGAGCUCGCGCUCCCGGGCCGUGGGGGCGAGAACGCCGGCGACGGCGAGCGACGCCCCCAGGCAGCCGCAAACUUCGCGGCGUCCGCAGUCUGGCGAGCCAGACACCUGGUAACGUCAAAUCCAAUUCCUCAACCCGAUCGGAGCGAUGGAGGCUGUGGUCGCCAGGGCGUCCGGGCCGCCCGCCCCUGCCUAGCCACUAGCUAGGGACCAACAGCGCCACGGCGAGCCAGAGUGGAGGGAAGAGGGAGUCUGUCUGCAAAGUGCUGCUCCCUGGUGCUCAGAGGCGGCUGCUCCAGCUCCAACUCUCAUUCAUUUCGCCGGUUAACAUGAGAGAUCAUGGCCGCCUUCGGGCUUCUCAGCUAUGAGCAGAGACCGCUGAAGCGCCCGCGGCUCGGGCCGCCCGACGUCUACCCGCAGGACCCUAAGCAGAAGGAGGAUGAACUUACAGCCGUGAAUGUAAAGCAGGGAUUCAACAACCAGCCAGCCUUCACUGGAGAUGAACAUGGCUCCGCCAGAAACAUUGUAAUCAACCCAUCCAAGAUUGGUGCGUAUUUCAGCAGCAUAUUGGCCGAGAAACUGAAGCUUAACACUUUCCAGGACACCGGAAAGAAGAAACCCCAAGUUAAUGCUAAAGAUAAUUACUGGCUGGUCACUGCUCGAUCACAGAGUGCCAUUCAUAGUUGGUUCUCUGACCUAGCAGGGAAUAAACCACUUGCUAUCUUGGCAAAAAAGGAGCUGCCUCUGACCAAGUCAGGUGUCCCUCAGGUCCCCAUCCUCAGUAAAAAAGAGGACGUCUUUGCAUAUUUAGCUAAGUAUUCUGUGCCAAUGGUUCGAGCGACGUGGUUGAUCAAGAUGACUUGUGCCUAUUACUCUGCUAUUUCUGAAGCUAAAAUUAAGAAACGCCAGGCUCCGGAUCCCAAUUUGGAGUGGACACAGAUAUCUACCAGAUACCUCAGAGAGCAGUUGGUCAAAAUCUCUGAUUUUUACCACAUGGCUUCCAGUACAGGUGACGGUCCUGUCCCUGUGCCACCAGAGGUCGAGCAAGCCAUGAAGCAGUGGGAGUACAACGAGAAGCUGGCAUUUCACAUGUUCCAGGAAGGAAUGUUGGAAAAGCAUGAGUAUUUGACAUGGAUCCUGGACGUCUUAGAGAAGAUCAGACCAGUGGAUGACAGCCUUCUGAAGCUCCUUUUGCCUCUGAUGUUGCAGUAUUCAGAUGAGUUUGUUCAGUCAGCCUACCUGUCUCGUCGUCUAGCGUAUUUUUGUGCCCGGCGUCUUUCCUUACUACUGAGUGAUAGCCCCAACCUCCUUGCUGCUCACUCACCCCACAUGAUAAUCGGAACAAAUAACACGAGUAUCGGGACCCCCAGUCCUGGCACCCCUGGGCCUGGUAUGAGCCCUGUGCAGCUGGCCUUCUCGGAUUUCCUUUCCUGUGCACAGCAUGGCCCCUUGGUUUAUGGACUUAGUUGUAUGUUGCAGACUGUCACUCUAUGUUGCCCAAGUGCCUUGGUGUGGAAUUAUUCCACAAACGAAAAUAAGAUCGCAAACCCAGGCUCUCCCCUGGAUCUGCUGCAGGUUGCCCCGUCCAGCCUCCCCAUGCCGGGUGGGAACACAGCCUUCAAUCAGCAGGUUAGGGCCAGGAUUUAUGAGGUAGAACAGCAGAUAAAGCAACGAGGCCGUGCGGUGGAAGUUCGGUGGUCUUUUGACAAGUGUCAAGAGUCGACGGCAGGAGUGACUAUUAGUCGGGUUUUGCACACACUGGAAGUCUUAGAUCGUCAUUGUUUCGACCGAACUGAUUCCAGCAAUUCAAUGGAGACUCUUUAUCAUAAAAUUUUCUGGGCAAACCAAAACAAAGAUAACCAAGAGGUUGCCCCCAAUGAUGAAGCUGUGGUGACAUUGUUAUGUGAAUGGGCCGUGAGCUGCAAACGGUCUGGCAAGCACAGGGCCAUGGCUGUGGCCAAACUCUUGGAGAAAAGGCAAGCAGAGAUUGAGGCCGAGAGAUGUGGGGAAUCAGAAGUCCUAGACGAGAAAGAGUCAAUUUCUUCAGCAUCUCUUGCUGGGUCUAGUUUGCCUGUUUUCCAGAAUGUUUUGCUGAGAUUUUUAGAUACACAGGCCCCAUCGCUGUCGGACCCAAACAGUGAAUGUGAGAAGGUAGAAUUUGUGAAUCUGGUGCUGCUCUUCUGUGAGUUUAUCCGCCACGAUGUCUUCUCCCAUGAUGCAUACAUGUGCACCCUCAUCUCUCGAGGAGACUUGUCGGUUACUGCCUCCACAGGGCUGCGAUCACCAGCUGGAGAGAAUUCAGAUGAACACUAUUCAAAGGAUCAUGAUAUGAAGAUGGAGAUUUUUUCUCCCAUGCCUGGAGAAUCCUGUGAGAAUAUCAACCCUUCCUUGAGCAGAAGAAUGUCAGUCAAUGGUGAGAAACUGCUAAAGAGAGAAAAACCAAGAGAAUUAAUUUUCCCAUCAAAUUACGACCUCCUCCGACACCUACAGUAUGCAACCCACUUUCCUAUACCUCUGGAUGAAUCUUCAAGUCAUGAAUGUAACCAGCGCACAAUCCUUCUCUAUGGAGUCGGAAAAGAGCGUGACGAAGCCAGGCAUCAGCUGAAGAAGAUUACCAAAGAUAUCCUCAAAAUCCUGAACAAGAAGAGCACCACAGAAUCAGGGGUUGGAGACGAAGGACAGAAAGCCAGGAAGAACAAGCAGGAAGUUUUUCCAACCCCGGAAAAUGUGUUCAUGAAACUCCAGCUCCUCUCGUACUUUGAUCAGCAUCAAGUAACCUCUCAGAUCUCUAACAAUGUGCUGGAACAAAUCACAAGCUUUGCGUCUGGAACGUCCUAUCACCUCCCCUUGGCUCACCAUAUUCAGCUCAUCUUUGAUCUCAUGGAGCCAGCGCUGAACAUCAACGGGCUAAUUGACUUCGCCAUUCAGUUGCUGAAUGAACUGAGUGUGGUGGAAGCAGAGCUGCUCCUGAAGUCUUCUAGUCUGGCAGGAAGUUACACUACCGGACUGUGUGUCUGCAUCGUGGCCGUUCUUAGGCGGUACCAUAGUUGCCUGAUCCUAAAUCCUGAUCAGACAGCCCAGGUGUUUGAAGGGUUGUGUGGUGUGGUGAAGCAUGUUGUCAACCCCUCGGAAUGUUCUUCCCCUGAAAGAUGUAUCUUGGCCUACCUCUAUGACCUCUAUGUAUCUUGCAGCCACCUCAGAAGUAAAUUUGGAGACCUUUUUAGUAGUGCCUGUUCAAAAGUAAAGCAGACCAUCUAUAAUAAUGUAAUGCCUGCAAAUUCCAACUUACGCUGGGAUCCAGACUUUAUGAUGGAUUUUAUUGAGAACCCCUCUGCAAGAAGCAUCAACUACUCAAUGCUGGGCAAGCUCCUCAAUGACAAUGCUGCCAAUCGGUACAGCUUUGUGUGCAACACCCUCAUGAAUGUGUGCAUGGGACACCAGGAUGCCGGCCGGAUAAAUGACAUAGCCAAUUUCUCCUCUGAGCUAACUGCUUGCUGUACAGUUCUGAGUUCUGAGUGGCUGGGGGUUCUGAAGGCUCUAUGUUGUUCCUCAAAUCAUGUGUGGGGAUUUAAUGAUGUCCUGUGCACUGUGGAUGUGAGUGACCUUUCAUUCCAUGACUCAUUAGCUACUUUCAUUGCUAUCCUGAUAGCACGACAGUGUUUCUCCCUGGAAGAUGUCGUGCAACAUGUCGCACUUCCCUCUCUCCUAGCAGCAGCUUGUGGAGAUGCAGAUGCAGAACCCGGGGCAAGAAUGACAUGCCGCCUCCUGCUUCACCUCUUCCGAGCCCCGCAGGCCUGCUUUUUCCCUCAGGCAACAGGCAAACCUUUCCCCGGAAUAAGAUCAUCUUGUGAUAGACACCUCUUAGCUGCAGCUCACAACAGCAUAGAAGUGGGAGCUGUUUUUGCUGUCUUAAAGGCAAUUAUGAUGCUUGGAGAUGCCAAGAUUGGCAGUAACAAUGUCAACACUUUAAAGAAUGAUGACUUCAGCAUGAGGGGUUUACGACGUGACGGGAAUGCCGAGGAUGCCUGGGCCACCUCACAGAACUCAAAAUCUUAUGGAAAAAGUAUUUCCAUAGAAACUGCCAAUCUGAGAGAAUACGCUAGAUAUGUACUGAGGACCAUCUGCCAGCAGGAAUGGAUAGGAGAACAUUGCUUAAAAGAACCAGAGCGACUAUGUACAGACAAAGAACUGAUAUUGGACCCCGUGCUUUCAAACAUGCAAGCACAGAAACUGUUGCAGCUUAUCUGCUACCCUCACGGCAUUAAGGAGUGUACAGAGGGGGACAACCUGCAAAGACAACACAUCAAGCGCAUUCUUCAGAAUCUUGAGCAGUGGACAUUGAGACAGUCCUGGCUAGAGCUUCAGCUCAUGAUCAAACAGUGCUUGAAGGACCCUAGCUCCGGUUCUGUGGCCGAAAUGAAUAACUUACUGGACAAUAUUGCAAAGGCAACAAUAGAAGUCUUCCAGCAGUCUGCAGACCUAAAUAAUAAUGCCUCCAAUCCUGGCAUGAGCCUCUUCAACCCAAACACUAUUGGAAGUGUUGAUCCGAGUAGCACAAGACAGAAUGGAAUAAAGACAUUCUUAAGUUCCUCUGAACGCAGGGGUGUGUGGCUGGUGGCCCCCCUCAUCGCCAGGCUGCCGACGUCUGUGCAGGGAAGAGUGUUGAAAGCUGCUGGGGAAGAGCUGGAGAAGGGACAGCACCUGGGUUCUUCUUCAAAAAAGGAAAGAGAUAGGCAGAAGCAGAAAAGUAUGUCUCUUUUGAGUCAGCAACCUUUCCUCUCCUUGGUCCUUACCUGCCUUAAGGGGCAAGAUGAGCAACGGGAAGGCCUCCUAACAUCUCUGCAGAAUCAAGUUAAUCAGAUUUUAAGUAACUGGAGGGAAGAGAGAUACCAAGACGAUACUAAAGCCCGCCAGAUGAUGCAUGAGGCUUUGCAGCUUCGCCUGAAUCUGGUAGGAGGAAUGUUUGACACGGUACAGCGGAGCACGCAGGGAACCACUGACUGGGCCCUCCUACUCCUCCAGAUAAUUACUUCAGGAACUGUUGACAUGCACACUAACAAUGAAUUAUUCACAACGGUUCUUGACAUGCUGGGUGUUUUAAUCAAUGGGACAUUGGCUUCUGACCUAUCAACUGCUUCCCCCGGGGGAUCAGAAGAGAACAAACGUGCAUACAUGAAUUUAGUAAAGAAACUGAAAAAAGAACUAGGAGACAAGAGGUCAGAAAGCAUUGACAAAGUUCGACAGUUGCUACCUUUGCCAAAGCAGACUUGCGAUGUUAUCACGUGUGAACCCAUGGGUUCUUUGAUUGAUACCAAGGGAAACAAAAUUGCUGGAUUUGACUCUAUUGAUAAAAAACAGGCAAGAGGUCUCCAGGUCUCAACAAAGCAGAAAGUGUCCCCAUGGGACCUCUUUGAGGGUCAGAAGAACCCAGCUCCUCUGUCCUGGGCCUGGUUCGGCACUGUCCGUGUGGACCGGAAGGUGGUCAAGUAUGAGGAGCAGCACCACUUCCUUCUGUACCACACACACACCAUGCCCAAGCCCCGAAGCUACUACCUCGAGCCACUUCCCCUACCUCCUGAGGAGGAAGAGGAAGAACCCACAUCUCCAGUUUCUCAGGAACCAGAAAGGAAAUCAGCUGAUCUGUCAGAUCAAGGAAAAACUACAGCUGAUGAAGAGAAGAAGACAAAGGGAAGGAAGCGGAAGACAAAAUCAAGCUCACGCAUCGAUGAGUAUCAACAGACCAACAUAUACCGAGUGCCUCCUAAUUACUCCCCCAUGUCCUCCCAAAUGAUUCAUCAUCCGCAGCCUGCACUCUGGGGUUACAACCUGGUGAGCCAGCCUCAGCAGCCCGGCUUUUUCCUUCAGAAUCAGUCUCUGAAUCCAGGUGGCUCCAGAUUGGACCCUGCUGGCUCCUUUGUCCCCACCAAUACCAAGCAAGCUUUGUCCAACAUGCUUCAGAGACGCUCAGGCGCCAUGUUGCAGCCACCCUCCCUUCAUGCAGUCACGUCUCAGCAGCAGCUGCUACAGAUGAAGCUUCUGCAGCAGCAGCAGCAGCAACAGCAGCAGCAGCAGCAGCGGCUUCUCAGGCAGGCCCAGACUCGACCUUUCCAACAGGGCCAGCCAGGGGACCAGGCUGCUCUCUUUACUGCACAAGCACGGCCCUCCCCUCAGCUCCCUCAGUAUCCAGGGCUGCAACAAGCACAGACCAUGCCCCAGGGCUACACAAUGUAUGGAACACAGAUGCCUUUGCAACAGGCAGCUCAGCAGCAGCCUGGUGGUGUGGUCCUUUCCCCCAGCUACAACUCCAGGGCCUAUCCGGCUGCACAUUCCAGCCCAGCGCUGAUGGAAAGACUCCGACAGCUUCAGCAGCAGCCAAGUGGCUACGUGCAGCAGCAGGCCUCCCCGUACCUGCAGCCCGUAGCCGGCUCUCAGAGACUGAACCAUCAGGCUCUACAGCAGAGCCCUCUGGUGGGCGGGGGAAUUGACGCUGUGCUGACUUCUGCACAUCCCAACCUCCCCUCGGUGCCCCUGCCUCAGGACCCAAUGAGGCCCAGACAGCAACAAGUUCGACAGCAGCAGAGACUCCUCCAGAUGCAGCAGCCCCAGCAGGCCCCCCAGCCCCAGCAGCCCUCACAGCCCCAGAGUCAGGCCCUUGGUCUCCAAGCAAUGCAGCCCCAGCAGCCUUUGUUCCCCAGGCAAGGCUUGCAGCAGACCCAGCAACAGCAACAGACAGCCGCCCUGGUGCGACAGCUCCAGAAGCAGCUUUCUAGUAACCAGCCACAGCAAGGAGUGACUCCCUGUGCACACCCUUCACACUUUUGAAUGAAAAAAGAAGACAUGAAGUUUUUGUUUGCACUGAAAACCAGAAAAUCAGAUUUAGUAGUCAUCAUAAGAAGUCUCCCUUGGUCUUUGGUUUAUUUAUGUUUUCCUAUAUUUUAUGCUACUUUUCAUGCAGAGGUAUUUAAAUAAGUAAAGGAGUCGUGGUUUGGUUUUUGUCGUAUUUAAAGUAGGUUUUAAAAUGUGGAUCAUGCAGGCCUACUACUCCAGAUAGUGUGGUAGCAGACCUUUUGAAACUGGUGCUUUUUUAUCUCAUAUUUACAUAAAGAAUGAAUUAUGGUAGGUUUAAAUAUUUAUGUAUUCACUAAUGAUUUUUUUUUUCCCUAACCCGUGGUGGACCAAACUACUGAUUUGAAAGAUCUUGCAGGUCUCACGGGAGUGGACACACUCGCUUUUCACUCGACCGUGGUGGUGGGGUGAACAUUUGUUAGCAUCACUUUAAUUUGAAAUGUUGAUCAUUUCAUAAGCACUUUAUGAACUUCGUUCGCAUUUAUGAAGGACUUUGCUUCGCUUUUGUUGUGGUCUAAAGGUGCUGAAACAGAUUGUUGCUUAGUACUUCCACUUCUUCAGGGCUUCUGCAAGAGCCACCCUGAGAUCUGUGGGAGCCUCUUAGAAGCAGCUGCCCUCAAAUAUGUUCCCAGUGGCAAAAUCUUUACCCAGAUUCUUCAAGAAGGUACAACACAUAACCACGGGAGGCCAGAAGAACCACGGUGGAAUCAGUUCAUUUACUUACUGCCAGUUUUGGUGAAAAAAAAAAAAAAAAAAACUGUCCAGUUUAGGUUCUUCAGAACUUCAUGCCAACUUGAGAAAAAAAAAAAAUCUCACAGCUGGCCUUAGAUUCCACAGUGCUCAGACUUAACAUGGUUUCCAGAGAAUCUGGCCCCACAGUCCAGAGGGUUCUGGUAGUCAUCAAAGGUAUACUUGCUGUUAAUUUUGUAUGGUAAGUAUUUACAAUUUUGAAUUUAAUUAUUAAUGUUGGUGUCAGUCUUGGUUGUGUAUUGCUUAUACUGUAUUUAUAAACUGGUGCAAAAAGCACAAGUAAAGUAAAUUAUACAUCAAAUUUAUUAUAAAGAAAUAGUAACUAUUUUAACUUUGUUCAAGUAUGUGGUAAUUUGCUCCUAUUAGAGUGAAAAAAAUACAGUAAAUUAUUAUCAGUUUGUGUAACUUAAGAGUAUUCCGUAUAAUAUUUUUUUAGAAUUAGAUGCAUACAAUUUUGAAUGUGAAGAUUGCAGGGCAUUUGAAGACAUGUAGGGAUCUUUCCCUGUUCUUUGUUGGGUUCACUUUCUUUUUGCCGUAUGAUUUCACAUGUAAUGUAGUCAAGCAUACUGUGAAUAGAUUGUCUAUGAAGAGCAAACCCUGUAGAACUACUUUUUUAAAAUGUAGCUAGUACAAUUUCAGAGGAUUUCUUUCGCAGAUCAUUAUUAGAAAUAAUUUAUAUCUUCCUAGGUGAGUUACCCAUUGCAAAGUUUGACUCAUUCAAAUGACCUCAGAUCCAUGUUUGCUUACUUUGCCAUGGUGACAUCAUGUGAACUGCUUUGUACACUGUGAAAUACCCCCCUCCAGCCUGAUUGUUUUGUGUUUACUCUGGGCUGGAAAAGACUUUGCCAAACAUUAAAGACCAUUCUUUCCCCUGAGCUCACAUUCUCUCUGUUCUCAGACAGUGCAGUACAUUUCAGUGGUCCCGUAUGUCUGCUUUACUUUCCUCUCCAGAGUCAUUCUUAAAAUUCACAAAGCUAUUCCCCCCGACACACCCCAAGGUAAUAUACCAGUUGACUGCAUUUGCAAACCCACCAAAGUGUGAAUGUUGUGCCUAGUGAAUGGGUCAUGUCCUGUCCUCUCUGGUCUUUAUUCAAUGGUUGUCGAUGGUUAAAACUCCAGUUUCAGUUUGAACCUUAUAUUUUUGUAGCUCAGUAUUGUAGACAGCAGAAUGAGUGUUAGCAUUGCAUAGCAUUUGUAUGCACUUUACAGUUUGCAGAAGUUAAUUUAUUAAUCAUUUUGCACAUUGAAGGCUAUGGUUAUUUUGUUGUCGUUGUUUUGUUUGUUAAGAUGAGGAAGGUAAAUCUUGCUAAAGUUCUCCUCUAGUUCUGAGAUGCUGUGGGGGAUGAGGAAAAACCUAGAGCUAUUUUUCCCUGUGCAUUCAAAGGAAAGCAACUGGAAUUUUAAAUUUAGUUAUUAUAUUUACUGCCACUUAAUUCUGCAUUCUGAGAGGAUUUUUUUUUCUUUCACAUAGCUAAUGCAUGUGGUUGGCAUUAAAAUUGUCCUAAGGAAAAGCUCUAUUGCAGAACCUUAUCCAUUGCCGGGUGGGUUACAGAUAAGAAAUUAAAGAAACAGAUCUUGAAAAUUAAUGGAAUUGGGUCUACUUACCAUUUCUGGCUAUAAGAACCCCUUAACACGUGUUAUAUUGUUAGCCGAUUCCUUAGAGUGUGGCAUUUCUUGUUUUAUGUAUCUUUUUUCAUCCAAAAGUAGAGGGAGAUUACUCUACAGUGGGUAUCAUUUGACCUCUGGCACACAUACAGUACAAAUAUUAACUGUACUCAGCUCAUGUCUGAGGUAGGGGCCAAAAGAAAGUAGGCAUUAUGCAGACCCAGUGAAGUCAAGUCCCAAAUGACUGGCACAAGCUAACAAAGUCUUAGUAUUCCGAGCUGACUGAAUGACUUUUGCUUUUUUAUUUACAAGGCGCCUACAAUUUAUAAAUAGAUGAAAUUUGGACACAAGUCAGAGAAAUUAUUCUAUAAAAUCCAAGCCUUUAGAAUAAAAGAGGUAAAUCAUAUGGUACCCUCACAUAUAUUUGGUUAAAUUAAACAUGUAAUAUUAGUACGGUAAAUUAUAAAAAUAAGAUCCAAAAUUUAAAUACGGUGAAACUUCAUUAUAUAAAAGCAGUCAUCUAGACUCUUGGAGAGGGAUUCCUCCUUAGAAAAUGUUUCUUAAGAAUGGCUCUAAACCAUGGGUGCCUGAGCUAGGUUUUAAAGUUAUAAAGAAGUUUCAUUGUACCUGUAAAGCAUUCCAGGACAAGAGAGGUGUGGACAGAUGUGAAACACACUUUGCACUUCCCAAUGUGUGAGCAUUAGGCUACCCUUUACAUGGAGAAAAG